AUGUUUAAGUUCGGAAUGUAUUUUUUGUACGCGUUUGUCGCCUACAACCUGCACGGAAUGGUUGAAUCCCAGGAUAAUAGGGAUUUAGUGCGCGAUCUAAAGGAUCCUGAAUCAAUGCGGACUUUAUACGAUCAUCUGCAGCAACAGUUUAAUUAUUUGGGUUUCCUUUUGAAGAAUGAAAUCGAGAACAUAAGAAAAGAAUCUAUAAAAAAGCUGGAUGAAAUGCAAAAAGAAACAUUGUCGAUUCUGAGAGGAACACAGGCCAAUAUGGACAAAAUCCAACAAGACGGAAUAUGUGUUCUUACUGAUGCCCCCAAUCAAUGUGGGGCUUUCUGUCUGGCCGCCCAGGGACGUCUCUUCGAUCACAACUACGAGGUUCAGCAGCAGUUGAAAGAGCUUUCUGAAAAACUAAAUGAAACUCUAACCAAGAUGGACAGUGUUGAAAAAGAAACGCAGAGCCAGAUCGAAACUAAACUGGAUAUGAAAAGCUCACCUGGUUUCGAAAAGAUCGGAUCUAGAUAUUUUUAUAUCGAAAAUGAUGAAAUAAUACCAUCGGCAAUCAGGAAUGUGUUGCUCUUUAUGAAGGACGUGUGCACGACAGGUGGUGUGAUGAACAGUUUUAUUCCAUUUGCCAGUCAGACGAUACCGUUUAAUUAA